AUGGAAUUGUGCCAGGUACUUGAACGACUAGAAGGGGCUCACACACAAAUUGAACGCGUUGGUGAAAUUUGCGGGGCCUCGUCUAUAUCUUAUGGAGUCCUUCAUUACGGUGAUGUCAUAUAUAUGAAGAGCGUGGGACUGAGAGACCAAGCACAGCGUCUGCCGGCAGAUUCACAGACUAUUUAUCCACUGGCAUCGGUAUCAAAGGGGUUCUUAGCGGCUGCCGUAGGAGUCCUGGUGGAUGAAGGCAAGCUUAAUUGGCAUGUCCCUAUCCGCACAUAUCUACCGCAGUUUGAUCCCGUCCAUGAUCGAGAUUUGGGACAAUAUGCCAACAUGAUUGAUCUGCUCAGUCAUGCUACCGGGAUAGCACAGCAUGAGCUACUUCAUAUUGGGCCAUUUGGGUCAAUUAUCAGCGAAUCGUCUAAGCUAGUUCAUUUACUAAAUGCAUUGCCGACAUCCAAUAGUCAUGGGUCAAGGUUUCGCCGGUGGUGGCUUUACAACAAUCAUGUAUCGGCACUGGCGAGCCAAGUGCUCGAGAGUGUCUCAGACGGAGUGUGCUACCCUGAUUAUCUAGAACAACGCAUCCUACGUCCUUUGCACAUGCUCCGAACUUUCAUCUCCACAAACAAAUUCGACUCAGACUCAAACAUAGCUUUACCAUAUGCUCGCCUAUCAGAUGGCUCCUUCGCGAAACUGGCAUUUCCCGAAUGGCUCCAAGAGACAACCCACAUUCUUGCGAGUCAGGGGGUGACCAGCUGCGUCCAAGAUCUACUGAUAUGGGCGAAAGCGAUAUUGGAACGCGAAUUGUGGGAGCAGCUCCAGGAUAAGGAGAAGCUUGACCGGCCCUUUCCUCCAAAUAACCCACUGCGCCAAGUAACAACCAUCCGCCAUGGCCACAACCCACAUCCUUUGGAUGAUGCUCUAGGUCAUCCGAGUCAUUACUGUCUAGGCUGGUUGGGUCUUACUCUCCCAUCUUCAAACCUUGGUAUGAUUAGCUUCAACAAAGAGACGCGUCGCUCCUGUGACCAUCUUGAUUAUGUAUUAGGCAAGGAUUCACCACCUCUCAGAGUUAUACUGCACAACGGAAAGGCCCCUGGCUACAAUUCCGCCAUAUACACUUUUCCCGAAACAACUAGUGCAAUCAUUGUUCUUUCCAAUGGAGCUACUGAUGGUGAUCCUGCUGACUGGGGUGCGCAAAUCCUAACUCAGGAGCUAUUCGACCUACGACCUCGGAUGGAUAUAGUAAGUCUGGCUGAAAAGGAGGCCGCACUUAGCCGGCGCUGGUUCGAUGACUGCAUCCUGCGUCCAUUGCGGGAAGAUUUACAAAGAUGUGAACGCGGUAGCAGGGCUGGUAACAGUCAUUUACACGAUCUUAAACGAUAUGAAGGCCGUUAUCGGAAUGUCUAUCUCCUAACAACCGUCAAUAUUCGCUUUGACGAACCCAGUUUAGGCCUUACUGUCUCUUUUAAUCAUCGCACCGAUAAAGAGUAUACAUUAAGGUUUCAUAAUGAGCACGGAUUCAGCUUCCUUCCACCUGAUCGAGAUUCUUGGCUACGCGACUGUAUGUUGGAGGUGUUCGACUACCGAACAGGAAUUUUGAAGUUUACGCAUACAGAUGAUGGUCACAUUUCUGGGCUGUGGUGGAAGUGGAGUGCAUGGGAGGAAGCAUCUUUCUUCACGAAGCAGCCUUCUACUUAA